UAUGACUCAGCGCCCUCCACCACCUGGAUUUUUCUAAAGUUAUACAAUUCCCACAACCCUGCCGAAUCUCUUCCCAUGCUUAUUAGUCUUCAGAAGCCAUUUAAGUUAGACGUAAUGGGCAAUGGAAUUGAUUCAGAGGGAACAAUCGAUUUAACUGCGCAAGGACGAAGACGUUCCCUUUUAAAAGAUGAUAAUCCAACGAGAAUGAUAGGGAUCGAGGAAUCACCUAGGGCGCUCAAUCUGUCAACCUCUGGCUACGUACAAUGCCAAGGUUACGCUGUUUUUGCGCAUCCACUUAGGACAUCACAAGUGGUGGGGUUCACAAUCGAAGGAUACAUUGCAAUAUGCCAUCCCUUUCGAGCGCCAAUAAUUUGUACCAAACGCAAUGCCCGGCUUGCAGUGCUGUUCAUUCUUUGUGUAAAUUUCGCCUUAAAUUUCCCCAAAUGGUUCGCUUUUAGCUACGAAUUAAAAUGGGACCCGUGCACAGCUUCCGGCGUUGACCCUUGA